AUGAAGUACUUCACAGCACUACCCUUGGCAGCCGCGCUUGCAUCCGCCGAGAUGCAGGUCAUGAGCCUUGCUCCUGCCGCCGCGACUGGCGCGAUGACACACACUGUCGUCGUUGGUGGAAUGAAGCCUGUUGCAACCGGCAUGGCGCCCGUUCUAGGAUACAGCCCCGAAGCCAUCAAGGCCGCUGUCGGCGACAUGGUCAUAUUCGAGUUUAUGCAGAAGAACCACACUGCCACCCAAUCAACCUUUGCUGAGCCCUGUAAGAAGAUGGAGGGAGGAAUGGACUCUGGCUUCAUGCCCAACCCCGAGGGCAAAGCUGGCGUCACAUGGAACAUGACUGUUGAGACAACAGACCCGCUUUGGUUCUACUGCAAGCAACAAAACGGUAUCCAUUGUGGAAAGGGCAUGGUAUUCAGUAUCAACGCUGCCGAGACUGGCGACAAGACCAUGGCCGACUUCAAGGGUCUCGCCAUCAAGACCAACGGUACAAGCCUCGUUGCAGGCGACCUCCAGUCUGUUGACCCCAACGCCGCUGCCGCCCCUACUACCGUCACCAUUGAGGCUGGAGGUGCCGCCGCGACUGGAACCGGCAGCAGUGCUCUCGCUUCCGCCACCGUUGUUGCUGGACAGGGAACAGAUGGUGCUGGUCAGACUUGCUCAUGCCAGUGCCUCUGCGGUAUGGCUUCUUUCCCCGAGACCGCAGCCAUCAACAACUUCGGUGGAUUCCCCGGCAUGAUUGCCUAA